AUAAAUGGAUAAACCGACCCAUUAAACAAUGGCGUUAAGGGGCUGUUUGGUGAGUUACCCACUACAACUUGGAGCUAAGAAAGUUAUACUUAAACUAAAACCCUACACAAAUUGGGCGCUUAAACCCUCCAAACAACCCCUUAACAUAAAUAUAAUUACAACCACUACAAGUAGGCGUAGCAUUUGUUGUGGAAUUAACGUUGAAAUCUGUCUGGAUUACAUAGCUGAAACCAUGAAUUUCGUCGACGAAGCCGAUGUCGGAAUCACAUGUUUCAUAUCUCAGCUUCCCGGUUUCCGAGGCAUCCUCAAACAAAGGUAUGCUGAUUUUAUAGUGAAUGAAGUUGAUUUAGAUGGCAAUGUUGUUCAUUUAACCUCUUUAGUGGCACCACCUGAGAUUGCAGAGGAGAAAGUAGUAAAGAUGGCAGAUGAACCAAAUAAAAGUUAUGAUGCUGAGAUCGAAUCGUUCAGAGUUUUAGCUGGUGACGCAGAUGCCAACUGUCUGAGAGCUUUCAUUGAUCAGAUUAAUUCUGGGGCUGAAGAGUCUGUUGCCCACAUAACGCUGUCUCCAAGUUCUGAUAAAUCUCAUCGAACAGCAAUGCAUAAUUUUUUCAAGGAGAAUAUGAAGUUCCUGGUAACUGACACUGUGGAUGGACCAGAUACAUCAUCAAAAUGCAUCCGUGUAAGAUUGAAUUCAAGUGUUAAUGCUGGCAGGGGUAAAAACUCCAGAAAAAGAAAAGAGAGAAAUGAGAAGUCGUAUGAUAGCAGGGGUUCAAAGAAUUGGCCAGAGAAUCUCGGCAAGUUCAUUAAGUUUCAUCUGUACAAGGAGAACAAGGAUACACAAGAGGCGUUAGGAGUGAUAGGAAAGAUGCUUGGCAUCCAGCCAAGGUCAUUUGGUUUUGCUGGUACGAAAGAUAAACGUGCUAUAUCAACACAAAGGGUUACUCUCUACAAGGUGCGUGCUAGUAGGUUAGCUGCUCUAAAUGCACGACUGAUUGGCAUUAAAAUUGGCGACUUCUGCCAUGUUGAAGAUGGUCUUGUUCUUGGACAGCUGUAUGGAAAUAAAUUUACAAUAACAUUGAGAGGGGUGACUGCAGACUCUGAUGAUACCAUCAAAGCUUCAGCAGAUGCCUUGGGAAGACGUGGAUUCAUCAACUACUUCGGUUUGCAACGGUUUGGAAGUGGUUCGGUGCCAACUCAUAUUAUUGGAGCUGCCUUGUUUCGUGGGGAGUGGAAAGCCGCAGUGCAAAUGAUCCUUGAUCCACGAGAAGGGGAAAGGGAAAACAUAAGAGAAGUGCGAGAAUAUUACAAAGAAAGUGAUGAUAUUGAAGGGACCUUGCGCCAGUUACCUCGCCAUCUGGUUGCAGAGAGAGCUAUACUACAAUGUUUAAAGAAGUGUCCUGGGAACUACUUGAUGGCUUUGAAGGCCAUACCUAGGACCUUGAGAAUGAUGUAUGUACAUAGUUAUCAAAGCUACUUAUGGAAUCACGCGGCUAGCACAAGAGUGCAGAAAUAUGGAAGUGACCAAGUUGUGUUGGGAGAUCUAGUGCUUUGUAAAGAAGAUAGUGGAAAAGCUACAGAAGAAGUAAUCUUUGAUGCUGAAUUGGAGGAUAAUAUCUGUGACGACCCAGACGAUUGUAGCCAUCUGGAUGACAUAUCCAACACAAUUGCAGCAGAAGUUAAAAGUGCUGUAGUGAAGGCUAUAACUCAGGAAAAUUUACUUGCUGGUGAUUACACAGUUGAAGAUGUUGUACUUCCCCUGCCUGGGUCAAGGGUAACAUACCCAUUGAAUGAUAUCGGCAAAGUUUAUCAUGACAUAGCAAAGAAGGAUGAUGUCAACUUGAAAGAGAGCGCACAUGGUAUCAAGGAAUUCUCGAUCACGAGCAUGACUGGAGCCUACAGACGAGUAUUUCAGAAACCACAGGACUUCAAAUGGGAAAUGCUCACAUAUACAGAUGGAAAUAUACCAUUAGCAGAGACAGACUUAGAUGUUGUUAACCGAAUCUUGGUUAAAGAGGAUAUGGACUGUGGAAGGGAGGAUGUGAAACAUCAAAAUAACCAAAAAAUAGCGACCGUUGGGAAUGAUGUCAUGGUACCGACAAAUACAGAUGAGCCAGAAAAUAACAUGAAAGCAAAAUCACAUAGCAAAGAGUCUCUUGCUAGCUCUCAUGAAGAACAGAAGGCUGUCAAAAUGAGCUUUACACUCCCAUCUUCUUGCUAUGCAACUAUGGCAAUCAGGGAAUUGCUUAAAAGUUCAACUUCGGUUGCAUUUCACAAAACUUUAAACUAGUAAGCUCAGUUUUGGUAGAUCGAGGAGUUGGAUUUGCGGUUGACUUGAAGCUUGGUCCUGGCAGAAGAUCGAGGAGUCUGGUUCAAGUUGUAGUUUAUUUGAUUGAAGUUGGCCUACAUCCGUUAGUUUUUUUAAAUGGUUGAGCUUGCUAAUUUUUCAGAAGAGGAUAUGGCAAUAAUUGAAGCUGGCUACAUCCUUGGUUUCUUUGAAGUGCUGAGCUUGCUAAUUUUUCAAGAAAGUAUAUAGCAAUAUGUGUAUGGCUCUUGUAUUAAGCUCGAUAUAUUUAUAUAAACCUAACUUUUAUAGGUAUAUUAUUGUUUAUUUAUCUUAGUUGAAUUUAUUAGCGAUAGUUGAAUUUAUUAGCAAAGCCUAAAACGCAGAGAAGCUUACGUAGCAUUAUUCUUUUCUUUUUUGGCAAGGUACACAGCUGACAGCACUAUUCUGUCUUGUGUAAUGUACAAUCAAUUACUGUUUCAGAUUAUAUCUUAGAUUAUUCAUUUUUCUCUA